AUGGCUGCUGCAGAAGGUAGCGGUGCUGCUGCUGCGCCAUCGUCCCUGGAUGGUGUUGGAGGCGAUUCUUUACCGGUAAACUUUCAUGGGAAUCUCGUUAGUGCACGCAACAACGAACAGUUUAAGUCGCUGUUGGAUCGGGCCAAGGCGUCAAAGAAGACGGUGAGCCUGUGUGUUAUGUGUAAACAAAUGCUCCCGACGUUUUGCAAUCUUAGCAACGAAUACCCGCGAUCGCUGUUCAUCUACGCAGACAUAGACGAGUGCCCGGACGAAACCAAAGACGUGCGCUACACCCCCACAUUCCGGUUCUACUCCAACGGUGACAAAGUGGACGAGUUCUACGGAGUUGGAGCUCAGAGGCUCCGUGAUCGCGUCUGGCUCCACUCUUAG